AUGUUACACUCUUCCUUCUCCUUAGCAGCUCUGUUAGAAACUUUAAGAAAGCCUGAGAGUAAAAUCUCUCCUUGCUCACCGCAGCCACCUCCACUGCGUGCCUCGACUCUUCCGCUGAGGACUCUGGCAGCUUUAUCACCAGAGUCCCUGAACUCUCGCUUUCUUUUUAAUCCCCUGCAUCGGAUCACCAGCGUGCCCCACCAUGUCAGAUGCAACCAGAGACACCAGCUCCGAAAUCACACCGAGUUAAAGGAGAAGGAAGAUGUGGAAGAUGCAGAAAACGGAAGAGAUGCCCCUGCUAACGGGAAUGAGGAAAAUGGGGAGCAGAAGGCUAACACUGACACAAUGAAGAGGAGGAGGAAGGUGGGGAGGAAGAGGAGGAAGAAGGUGAUGGUGAGGAGGAAGAGGAUGGAGAUGAAGACAUCAUCUGUGUUUCUGCCGUCCAGCUGGAAGGGAACCUGUUCUUGCCUAUUGGCUAGAGCCCUUCACAGAAUGUCCCCCACCCCUACCAGUCCUGCUGCAGCGCCCCUCCCCCUCUGCAGAAUGUCUGGGGUCCUAUGUUCAAACUUAUUUACUUUCAAAUUUUCCCUGAUCUACCUGAACUCAGGAGAAUCUGUUGAGGCAGGUGACUCUCUGGGCCCUGCCCUUGGCUUUUCAUGUGGAAACUAUCAGACAGCGGUGAUCAGCACCCAGCCUGAGGGGAUGGCUUCAAAUGGAGCAUACCCAGUGCUGGGACUGGACGUGACCGAGAACCCUGGCGCCUCCAUGCCAGUGUUCACGGCUCUGCCCUUCGCCACACCUGCUCCCGGCCCAGCACACGGGCCGCCCCUCAUGACUGCAGCGGUUCUUCCAGGCAGCCUUCCAGUGCUGUCUGCCUUCCCCAGGACCCCUCUGGUGGCAGGACAGGAUGGCCGUGCCCUGAAUUGGGCUGGGGCUUCCAACAUCCUUGUCCAGAUGACGACAGAAGUGGGGCCUGUGAAGGCCCCUCAGGCACAGACCUUGGUCCUAACUCAGGCCCCCCUCGUCUGGCAGGCUCCAGGUGCCGUCUGCAGGGGCGUGGCAUGUCCACCUCCCCGGCCCCUGGCAGCUGCCCCUGUGGUGCCCGCUAUGGCUGCCCAGGUUGUUAGGGGCACUCAGGCCUGUAAGGGAGCCUGGUCCCACGGCCUUCCUCCUCCAGCACCACCGGCUCCCCAGCCAGCCCCCAUCGUGGCCCCAGGGAACGCUGGUCCAUGGUCACAAGGGGCUCAUGGAGAGGGCAGCCAGGCUCCCUCCCAGGCCAAGGCCCCCACGGACGACUCCUGCAACCCCAAGAGCGUGUAUGAGAACUUCCGACUCUGGCAGCACUACAAGCCCCUGGCCCGGAGGCACCUUCCCCAGAGUCCGGACACGGAAGCGCUUUCCUGUUUCUUCAUCCCAGUUCUCCGAUCCCUGGCCCGGUGGAAGCCCCGCAUGACCCUGGAGGAGGGACUGUGGCGGGCUGUGCAGGAAUGGCAGCACACGAGCAACUUUGACCGGAUGAUCUACUACGAGAUGGCGGGAAAGUUCCUGGAGUUUGAGGCUGAGGAGGAGAUGCAGAUUCAGAAGUUGCAGUGGAUGAAGGGGCCCCAGUGCCUGCCUCCUCCAGCCCUGCCGAGGCUUGAGCCUCGAAGACCAUCAGCCCCUGAGGUGGUGAAGCUGCCAGUGUACCUUCCCAGCAAGGCUGGCCCCAAGGCCCCACCUGCCUGCCUGCCGUCACCAAGGCCCCAGCGGCCAGCAGAGACCAAGGCCCACCUGCCACCACCCCGGCAGCCAGUGAAGACCAAGGCCCCCGAGGAGAUCCCCCCUGAAGUGGUGCAGGAGUAUGUGGACAUCAUGGAGGAGCUGCUGGGGCCUCCUGAUGGGGCCACGGGGGAGCUCAAGGCACAAUGGGAAGAGGGCGAAGUGGAGCAGGAAGGGGACGGGAUGCUUCUAGACCCAGGCCUCCUGAGCUAUGUUGACAAGCUGUGUUCCCAGAAAGACUUCGUCACCAAGGUGGAGACCGUCAUUCACCCCCGCUUCCUGGAAGAAUUGCUUUCCCCAGAUCCACAGAUGGAUUUCUUGGCCCUAAGCCAGGAGCUGGAGCAGGAGGAAGGACUCACCCUUGCCCAGGUAGCGGAGAAGCGCCGCCUAUCCUUGAAGGAGGAACGGUGUGCGAGGGCAGCCCCUAGUCAUGGCACCGCCCGGUUAGACUCAAUGUCUUCUGAGUCUGCAGCGGGCCAAGGAGCAGAGAGAGAUGUCCCUGGCCCCCAGCAAGGGGUCAGCGUGGAAUCCUGCCCACCCCAGACGGCUGCCUGGGACCCUCAGGGACGAGGCAGAGCAUGCACUGGCAUGGCCAGGUCCAAAAACCCUGUUAUGCUUUUGGAGAGCUUGGAUUCCCGCAGGCUGAGGGCUGCCCCGCCAAACUGUCCUCCCCAGGACCACAGACCCACCUGCCCUGGUCUGGGGACCAAGGACACCUUGGGUCUCCCUGGAGGGUGUCCUGUCAGGGAGUCACGUGGGCUGGCUCAGGGGUCAAGUGAGGAGGAGGAGGAGGAGCUCCCCAGCCUGGCCUUCCUCUUGGGUUCCCAGCACAUGCUGCUGCCCUGGAGGCUGCCCCAGAGCCCUGUCCCUGCCUCAGGCCUUCUCAGCCCAGAAGGACAGGGACCCCAGGGAGCUCCUCAGUCUCCCUCUGCUCAGAGAGGAGGCCUCAGCCCAGCAUCUGCUCCUGCCACCAAGUCCAAGAAGCAAGCUCUCUUCAGAGGCCCAUCCCCUGCUGAACAGACACCCCACCUAGGGCCUGGGCUCAGAGUCUCUGGGGCGCAAUCCCUGGCUUGGGGACUGGGUGGCCCCUCACAGUCCCAAAAGAGAAAGGGUGACCCUUUGGUCUCCAGGAAGAAGAAGUGGGCUUGUAGCCAGUAGGGGGACAGGGCAGACUCUCUGGUGCCAAUCCCUGAGGGUGGGGCUCUGACAUCCAAUGCCCCAAAGCAGACAAAAGUUUCACCCCAGCGCUGAUCUUGUUGGGCCUUAGCUUUGGAGGGUGGGGGAGGGAGGGGAGGGAGAUGGUGGCUGAACAGGAAGGGAGGGCCUGGGGGUAGGAGGUGAGGAGCAACACCUUGGGGGUCUCAUAUGUAAAUAUGAAUAAAUAUCGUUGUGUUGGAAAUGC